AUGCGCUCGGUUCACUUAUCCGAUCGUGUUUCAAAUCUAAUUCCGAAAGCUUCCAUUCCUUUAAGAUACGGGUGCCAUUUGGAGAUCUACGACCCGUUCUAUGGAGACAUUAACAGUGCUUAUGAAUACAAGGACCCGUUGACGGGAUGCUACCGGAAUUAUAUACCCGCUACCACUCUAGACGCCUCGGGGACGCUAAAAGUCACGGAAGGUUGGCUUAAAAAUGUGGAAAUAUGUCGAGCAAGAUGUCAUCAUUGGCCAUACGGCCAAAACGUAACUUUUGACAUCUGGCGGGACGUCGCUCACGACGAAUCAAUAAAUUUCGAUUGCGAAUUCGUCUACUCUGAAUGUUUCGAUUUCGACGGGCAACUGGUUGAUCGCUAUUUACAUGUUCGAUUAAUUGAGACUGACUACAGGUCCCUCGAGCCCGAUCCAGAACCUAAAAAUGACAAUAACAAUAUGCAACCCGAUGUGCAUAUCAUAGUCUUGGAUUCGGUGUCGUCGACGCAGGCCAGGAGAUCACUUCCCAAGACCCUGAAAUUCCUACAACAGAAUAUGGACGGGGUGCUGAUGCAUCAGCUGAAUCGGGUCGGGUCGAAUAGUGUACCGAAUGGCUACGCAUUUUUGACAGGAAAACGAGUCGAAUCAGUGUCCCGUGGCCUGUUAAGUGGAUCUGGCGACCUUCCGGUCGAGUUGGGCUAUAAUGACUACUGCUACAGUCAUAUCGACAACAUUUCCAUUGUUUUUAAAGACUAUGAAAAACGCGGCUACAAAACGCUGUACGGGAUCGACUGGGGCGAUUUGUGGACUUACCCGGAUUGUCGGGGGUUCGAGAAGCAGGCUUUCACGCAUGAUGCCAGGCCUAUCGUCGGCUCCCUCGAAGCAAAUCCUGAAUUUGAAAAAGAACUUCUGGGAAAAUGUAUCGAGGAAUGGGCCCUGCUACUCGACUACCAUUCCCAAUUCAUGAGAAGCUAUAAAAAGCACCCGAAAUUCGGGUUGACCUGGGUCACCGAGUUGGCACACAACAACGCCAAUUGGCUGUGGUAUUCGGAUCAGAUUUUCGAGAAAUUCUUCCGUGGCCACGAAAAAUCCUUGGAAAAUUCCUUUGUAUUUUUCAUGGGAGAUCAUGGGCUGAGGUUUGGGCAGUGGCUCGACACCACCCUCGGCAAACGCGAAAUCAACAACCCAAUGCUGGUGGUUACCGAUAUUUUGAAGAAGGCGCAGAGUUUGAAUUUUACUGGCUGGAAUUUUGAGCAAAUCCUCAAUCCAAAUCCAAAUAAUGGCACCUCAAUAUUCCGGCCACUGGGGUUGUUUGAAAAUAGAACUUGCGGCACCAUUCCAGUUACGGAUGACUAUUGCCUGUGUAAAUAUGAAAAGCUGAAAAAAAAAUCUUCUUAUUUUGAGCCGAUGGCUCGCUAUGUAGUCGCUGAAAUCAACAGAAAACUGAAAUCCGAGGGAAUAGCUGAAGAUUGCGAGGAAUUGACGCUUAAUAAGGUCGAAGACGUCCAAGCCUACGUCCCGGAAAAGAGCUUCGCAUUUACGAGAUUGAAUUUACGGUUUAUCCGAACUCAGCACGAUAUCGGGCUUUGGUGCAGGGCGUGCCGGACGGGGGCGAUUUUCGGUAUUCGGGCCACGCGAAUCGACUUGACGCCUACGGGAAGACGGCCGAUUGGCGCGCCCGCCAAGAUGCCGAUGCCAAGGAACGGGUCCCGGCUGAUCAAGCAGCUGCUGUUGGUGCUCAUCGGCUGCGGCGUCAUCUACUACUACACCGCUCCGAGGGGGGACAACGUCUCCGAGCCGGCCCACCACCGCCCGUCGAGUCAACGAAGCCCUAAGGAGGAGCCAAGACUUUCUAAAACGCCCGAAAACCCGCCAUCCGGAGCGAAGCCUGAUAUCAACCGGACACCGGAAACCGCAGCUCCGCCCCGAGUCGAGUUCAAGCUGGACGAUAUUACAGAUGUCCCGGACCUGAACUUGUUCUUGCCGAAGGAGUUCGCCCAUGUUCAAGGGAUCCGCAACAAGAACAACCGGGAUGCGCUGCUGGCCAAGUGCCAUCUGCCGAUCUACGACCCGUUUGCCGGGGAUAUCAACAGCACCUACGAGUACAUCGACCCGACCAAGGGAUGCGACAAGAACUAUGUCCCGGCCACAAUCCUUGAGGGCGGCUUCGUGAAGGUGGCGCCAAGCUGGGUGAGCGGCCAGCCGAAAUGCGAGGCUAGAUGCGUGACGUGGCCAUUUGGUGGCCAUCUCUCUUUCGCCAAAUUCCAAGCGGUGCCCCCGGACGGGGGCCUGAAAAUGGGCUGCGACAUUGUGCACACGCUCUGCAAGGACGCACAAGGCAAAAAGAUUGAUGAAUAUCUCCAUACGCAAAUUUACGAAGUCGAAGAAAAAGAAAGCAAAACUUCACCAAAUGGACCUCAAAACCCACGCCCUGAUGUGCAUGUGAUCGUGCUCGAUUCGGUGUCGUCGACGGAGGCGCAGAGAGCCCUACCGCGCACCUUCAAAUUCCUGAAAGAGCACAUGGGCGCCGUCCAGAUGCAACACUUGAAUCGUGUCGGCGAGAGCAGCAUCAUGAACGCCUUCGCCUUCUUGAUGGGUAAGCAGAUCCAAGACGCGCCCCGAUCCCUGGCUGGUGCCGCUGAUCUGCCGGCAGAGUUGCAGAAAAAGGACUACUGUCGGAAAUACAUUGACAACCAGCCGUACAUCCAGAAGACGUACGAGGAUGCGGGCUACAAAACGAGCUUCGCCAUCGAUUGGCCCUGCGUGUGGACCUUCCCGGAUUGCCGUGGCUUCAAGAAGCAGCCAGUCACGAAUGAGGGCAGAGCCAUCGCCGGAUAUCUCAGCCACAACCAGCCCUUCAAGAAAGAGCUGCUCGGAAAAUGCGUCGAGGAUUUUCAACUACUGCUCAACUACCACGCCCAAUUCAUUCGCAGCUACAAAAACACUCCAAAAUUCGGGAUGUCGUGGCUAGCGAACCUGGCGCACGACGAGCCGAACGGUAUCUGGCACUCGGACCAGCAUUUCUUGAAAUUCUUCGAGGCAAACGAGAAAUCGCUCGAGAACUCGUUCGUCUUCUUCAUGGGCGAUCACGGGUCGCGGCUUGGAAAGUUCGUCUACACCGACAUUGGUAUGCGGGAGAUGAACAACCCGCUGCUGAUGGUGGCCGUGCCAAAGUUUUUGCGGCAAAACGAGGAGUUGAUGAACAAUUUACGCACCAACUCGCGCAAGUUGUUGACGCAGUACGACGUCUUCGCCACGUUCAAUGAUAUUUUGAAGCAAGCCCACCAGUCGAACUACACCAACUUUGACUAUCAAGAGAUUUUGAGCCCGAACCCGCACAACGCCACCUCCAUUCUCCGGAAUAUGGGGCCGCACGAGAAUCGAUCAUGCGCCACGGUCCCCGUCCCCACCUCCUAUUGUCUGUGCGAGUUUGAAAAGACCAAGAAGAACCCGGACGACUACCACGCCAUGGCCAAAUUUGCCGUCGACUCGUUGAAUCAGAAGCUGGAAGCUGAAGGGCUGACCGGAAGAUGCCAUGAGUUGCACCUUGAAAGCGUAAUUUCCGUGUCCGCCUGGGUGCCAGAGGACGAAUUCGGCCUGUACGAGAUUCGCUUCACCACAUUACCGAACAAGGCUCGCUACAAAUCGUUAAUCCAAAUGGCCACCGACGGGUCGUUCAUCUACUCUGGCGUCACCGACCGGGCCGACUCCCAACUGCCGUUUGAUGUCUGGCUGAUGGUGAUGCGCCUGUUCACCCCAAUCGAACUGCUGGAACUUGCCCAUGCACAUACAUUCUUCAAGGAUCUGAUCACGAGGUCCCCGAAGAAAUGGGGAUACGUGGUGAACCCUUGGGCGCGUCACGGCGCCAUGACGGAUUACAUCAUAGUGCCCAGCUACCGCGCUCGCCGGCCGCAGCUCGUGUACCAGAUCUCCUUCGCUCCCGUAUUACGGUUCCGUUCGUCGUUCGUUUCCGCAUUGAAGAUCUUGCUGAACAACGCAUACUUCGAUCAGUUUGGCUUCGGUGCCGGCUGGGGACUGCCCACCCCCGAGCAGUACAAGGUCGCCCCCCACGUGCGCGCCCAUACUGCCAUGCUGCCGAUCAAAGGGCCGAAAGAUGAACUGUGCCGCCAGAUUGCCCUCCUCGAGCCCUAUCGUGUCGCGGUGUACGCCGAUCCAAAUGGCCAGCCGGGCGAGUUCCGCACAGUGCUACGGGAUGUGAUUGGAAUGAAUCGACCAUCGCUGUGGGUGCACUUCGGGCACCAGAUCGACGAGAUGGCCAUCCUGCUUGAGGCCAAGUCACCCUCCAUCCGCGCCUAUAUGGCCACCUCGAUGUCGACGAAGGGCCAAUUCGCUGCUUUGUACGAAGAACUUUGCCAAGGCAGAACCGACGCCCAUAAGAUUGUUGUCGAUCCCGAGCGUCGGAAGUAUUUCGUGAUUCGUCGUGGACCCGAGAGUGACGAGGGACUCGUCGUAGCCUGCAUCAAUGCCAAAAUCGUGCUCGCCACGUGCGACUACACGUUUGGCAGGAACCGCAUCCCCGGCGACGCCAAGGACUACCUGCAAGCUUUGGAUGCCGUCAAAAAGAAGAUGAAAAAGCUGCACGCGGCAAAACUGAAACCUCUCGCGGACAAGCGCAUAUACGAGGCGACCAUGCAGGAAUGGGCCAACACGCAGCCCUACAAUCGGAUUCCCACCCGCGAAAAGGCCAUCGAUCGUAUGUUGGACGGGCGCUCCUGGGGCCGUGGCAACCUGCCGGAGGAGUUUGACGAGAAGGACGACCCGAUCAUGAAGGCCUACCGUCAAUUCGCUGCCCUGUACGACGAACUCUGUCAAAGCCGAGCCGACGCCCGUAAGGUUGUCGUCGAUCCCGAGCGUCGGCAGUAUUUGGUGAUUCGUCGCGGACACGGGAGUGACGAGGGUCUCGUCGUCGCCUGCAUCAAUGCCAAAAUCGUGCUCGCCACAUGUGACUACACGUUUGGCAGGGACCGCAUCCCCGGCGACGCCAAGGACUACCUGCAAGCUUUGGAUGCCGUCAAAACGAAGCUGGAAAAAGCGCACGCGGCCGAACUGGAUCCUCUCGAGUACAAGCGCGAAUACGAGGCGACCAUGCAGGAAUGGGCCAACACGCAGCCCUACAAUCGGAUUCCCGACCGCGAAAAGGCCAUCGAUCGUCUCUUGGACGGGCGUUCCUCGGGCCGUGGCAACCUGCCGGAGGAGUUCGACGAGAAGGACGACCCGAUCCUGAAGGCCUACGGCGAAGAUGAAUUCGUCCCGGCUGAACUUGACGCUUUUACGCCGGCGCCGCCAAAAGAGGCAAUAGUCAAGAGGAGAUAUGGCAACAUCCAGACAAAAGAAGAUCUCUUUUCCACUUGCCAGUUGACCGUCUACGACCCUUUCCACGGCGGCAUCAACAAAACGAUCGAGAAUCACAACCCGUUAAAAGGAUGCAAUCGGAAUUAUGCAUCCGCCACGAGACUCGAUCAAAACGGCCUUCUCACGAUCGGCCCGGCAUUUUGGCAUGAUGAUGGGGUGCGCUGCUCGGCGAGAUGCCAAUACAUGGCACAUGGUAGCCGUUUAUCUGCUGGCUGGUGGCAUUCAGUGGAUCCGGCCAACGGCCUAAAGCUAGACUGUGAAUUCAUCUACACCGAAUGCAUGGACGCGCAUGGGAAUAUUUUUGAUAGAGAUCUACAUGUCCAGAUGCGGGAAACAGAGUUCAAAUCCUACAAUGGUCCUGCAGAAAAGGAAGACCCGAAAUUUGCCAAGAAUUGGCGUCCCGAUGUCCACAUCGUAGUGUUGGACUCGGUGGCGUCGACGCAAGCUAGGAGAACGCUACCAAAAACGAUAAAAUACAUCGAGGAACGCUUUGGGGGAGUUUUUAUGCAUCACUUGAAUCGGGUCGGCGUGAAUUCAGCGCCAAACGGAUUCGCUUUGCUAACAGGCAAGCGCAUACAAAAAGUCGACCGAACGAUGGUCGGCGGCUCGAUUCUGAACGUGGAAAUGGAAAAAGACCAGACGUGCUGGGACUAUUUGGAUGGAGUCCCGCUCAUUUUUCAAGACUACGAAAAGCUUGGCUACAAGACGAUGUACACGACGGAUUGGGGCGACAUUUGGACGUACCCGAAUUGCUACGGUUUCUAUUACCAGCCGUUUACGAAUGAGCCAGCGGCCAUUCCCGAAAUUAUCGAAAAGAACAAGUUGCUAAAGGAAAAUUUGAAAGCGAAAUGUGUCGAAGAUUGGCAUCUGAUGCUAAAGUAUCACGGGCAAUUCGCGAGAAGCUACAAAAAUAACCCUAAAUUUGCGUUGACCUGGAUCGUGCAACCGGCCCACGACGACCCGAAUCGACUCUGGCAUGCUGAUGAUGGGUUAGAGAAAUUCUUCCUCGAAAACGAGAAGACACUUGACAAAUCGUUUGUCUUUUUUAUUGGAGACCACGGGCCGAGGUUUGGAGAUUCC